AUGUCUAAUUACCUUUCUGAUCAACAAGCUUUGCAUAUCUCAACCCCACAACCACAACCACAACCACAACCACAGCAGCAGCAGCAGCAGUCAACUACAAGUCUAUCCACCACUGGCACACCUGCUCAUACCCCGGUCACUAUGAAUCUUGUCACUUAUUUCGGUAGAGUAUAUACCUUGUACGAUGCUCUAUUACUACUAGAAGCAUGCCGACUCAAUAUUUUACCUACAAUAGAUCGUCGAUUAACUACAUUUGAACGACUGAGAUUUAUAAAACCAAACUGUAUUUUCAUAUGGAAUGAGACCAAAAGUGGAAUGAAACGAUGGACAGAUGGGAAAUUGUGGUCAGCUUCAAAAGUUAUAUUUGGAAACUUUUUACAAUAUCGAGAAAUUAAUAAGGUUACUAAGAAACCAGAAUUUAAUGGAUUAAUUAAACAAUCAUUUAGUUUAAAUACUAAAGAUGGACAACGUUUCCAUUUGAUUUCGUAUUAUCAAUUGAGUAAUCCUAAUAUCAAUCGACAGAGAUUAAUGUGGAAUGGCACUUUACCACCCGUCACCAAUGACGAUACAAUCAAUUCAAUCAAUUCUGAUGGUGAUUAUGGGGAUGACGAUAAUAAUGAUGAGCGAACUUUAAAGAAGCGCAAGUUAUUACAUUCAAACCCAGCAUCUGCUACUAAUUCACCAACAUCAGACUUAGAACAACAACAACAACAACAACAACAACAACAACAACAACAACAACAACAGCGACAAUUGGAAGAGGAUUAUGAAGAUGGUUAUAUCGUAUGCAUACCAUCACAUGAUCCCAAAUUGAAAAAAUUAACCCUUUCAACUGAUAUUUAUCCCUCUCAUACAUUGCGGGCAAUCCCCAAAAACUUAAAAACUGGAUUAACAGGUCCUAUACCAAAUACUCCAUCAUCAAUUAAAGGAGAAGACGAGGAGGGAGUGGCAGAAUCAUCUACAUCAACACCUAAUCCCCCCAUUGCUCCAGGAGCAAUAGGUUAUAAUAAUCUAUCAUCACAACAACAGAAGCAGAAACAACAACAGAAGCAACAACAGAAGCUUAAACCGUUGAAUCAACAAGUUCCCACUUAUACUCAUCUUCAAGAUUCUUUAAACAACUAUAGCCAUCAACUGCCACUGGCUCUCCCAAGUGCACCACCAACAAUACCCCCAUCAACGUAUCCAAUCUCUUCAACUGCAUUAGCAAAGACUCAGCACUCAGCACCACCACCUCCACCUCUCCUUCAAACUACAAAUAACUCCGCCACCUCCAACUACGCCAAUCAUCCCAACUAUGCAACUCCGACUCCAACAACAACCACUACUACAGCUACUACGAACAAUGCCACCCCAGAGUUCCAAUUCGCUCAAGUUUCCAAUUUAUCAACAAUACCACCUGCAUCCACAACAAUGCCCACUUCAACAGGAAGUAAUUUGCAUUUUAAAUUUAAUAAUUCUGAAUAUAUCAAAAAUUGCGAUUUACAAAUUGUUGAUAUUUUGAAUAAAGGGUUCUUAAAGUGA